AUGGUUGGGCUGACCCAGGCACGCACCAGGAGUGGCCCUAUCGUGCCGGGAGGGACUCCUUUUCCCUCGCCGCACCGCGCCACCCGCCCACGUCAGCAUUACCUCACCGCCUUCAUCCACCACCAACCACAAUGCCCACCCUUAUAUCUCUCCUCCUCCACCAAACCCACCACCUCUCCAACAAUCAUGUCCACCACCGUCGUCACCAAACCCCGCCGGGUCCCACCGCCCUGCUGGACCCAGGACGAGGCCCAAUCCCUCAUCCUCGCCUACCGCGACCGCUGGUUCGCCCUCCGCCGCGCCAAUCUCAAAGCCGCCGACUGGGACCACGUCGCCAAGGCCACCGCCGCCGCUUCCUCCUCCUCCUCCUCGCCGCCGAAGACCGCGCUGCAGUGCCGCCAUAAGAUGGAGAAGCUUCGCAAGCGGUACCGCGCUGAGAAGCAACGCGCUUCCAACUACCCGGGUCGGUUCUUCUCGUCGUGGGCUUUGUUUCAUCUCAUGGAUGAGAUGGAGUCCGACCCGGAUCGGAAACCGAUUGAUGAGGGUGAGUUUGGAGGUAAGGGUCGUAAUUUGGUGAAUGUUGAUAGGAGUUUUAGCCCUAAUGGUGAUUUUGAUGGAAUUGGGGGGAGUGUGUUUGAUCUAGGAAAUGAAUUGUAUCAGAAUUCUAGGUUUAACUACAGAUUUGGUGAGAAUUCUGGCUUUUAUUCUGAGGAUAAUGAGUAUGUUAAUCGAGGCGGGUUUCCUUCGAGAACUAGGAGUAAUGGCAAGAGUGAUGUGAAUCUUAACAACAGUUUUAACCAACAUAGGGACUAUGGAAUUAGAAGUGAUAGAGACUAUGUACCCAGUGGGAGUUUGAAGCGCAAUGCCCAUUGUAAGGAGUUUGAUGGGUAUGCUUCUUUAUCGGGAUCCAAGUUUGGGAAGAAGAGAAGUGUUGUUGGGAUGGAGAGAGAUGUGGAUCCUGUUGCAGACUUGGCUUCCUCGAUUAUGAUGUUGGGAGAGGGGUUUGAGAGGAUGGAGAGAAUGAAGAUGGAAAUGACCUGGGAGAUUGAGAAGAGGCGGAUGGAGACGGAGCUUAAGCGUACUGAGGCCAUGAACGAAUCACUCCAGCAGUUUGUGGAUGCAUUGUUGGAAAGGAAGAAGAAAAAGAAGGCGAUGGUAGAGUCUUCCCAUGCUUAG